AUGCGACUUGGUAUUUGCCUCUUUGCAGGCAUUUCUGCCCAGUUUUUUGAUGAAAAGUUCGGAACUCUUUGUCAUGCGACUGUGGACGAUAUGAGUGCACUGGAUGGUCUGAAUGAGACGGAGAAAAAUGAAAUAAAAGAUAUUGCUUUUGGAGUUGCAUUUGUCAAGGAAACCAUAAGACGGCUUGAAGAAGAUGUUAACAUCGCCGGGCUUCUGUUUUCCUCCAAUUUCUCUGACGCAACUUAUUUGGACACAAUCACCAUCGCGAAAUUCAUCCUUUUCAAGUGGGACAACGACUGGUGCAAAAGCGGGAUUGAAGUUUUUUCGACUGAGCGCGAGAGCAUCGAAUUGGACGUCGCCGCUAUUCGAAAGUUCAUUUUUGAUAUAUUUGCUGAAGUUAGCGAGUCUUCAACGCGGGAAAUCGAGGAUAUGAUCACUUCCGUUGCCGCGUUUCUUUUGACUGAAGUAGAGGGCGAAAGCGCGAAUAAUGUGUUUGAGUAUAUUCUCCAGCCACUGGCUCCGUUUUUCAACAACGGGUCUUCUGAACUUCCAGUCUUCUCCCCCUACCCUGACAGUCAGGGCCUAACCCUAACUGAAACCAAUAUUCCUCUCAAAAAGCGAUCAACUGUGCCGCGAAGCUAUGCCAACGAAAUCUGUUCUGGAGUCAACGAUGCUGUCAAACAAUUCAGCAGAGCUAUUAAACCCCCGAUCGAGAAAUUCCACGCGUUCUACUUAAAAUACUUCAGCGGAAAUUUUACUAAAAUCGACUCGAUCGGCAGCGAUGUUGGAACAGCAUGGGCGUUCGUUCGUCUCGUCGCUUUGUAUCCCGAAGCUUGUGACGGUUGCCGAGCACAUGCGGAACAAGUUAUUCCUAUGCUCCAAAACAUCAUGACUUUUGAAAAUACAAUCGGCCAUCCUGAGGAACAAACCUUUUACACUGGCGUUUUGCGAUGGUUUAUUUACAGCGCCCGAUUCAAUUUGAUGCUAAAAGAAUACAUUCCUUUUGUCCAGAAACACGCGAAGAAGAAUUAUUUUUUCGGCGCUAUUUGGGGCGGCUUUGAAGACAGUUUCGACGGGAAUCUGCUCGAACAAGCGAAGGAACUCGACCGAUCUGCUCGAAGCAUUGAAGCCAACCUCUUCUGCGAUGCGCCAAAUAACAAGACUCAAUGCGAAGAGCAGCUUGAAGAAAUUUGGGAAAGAAAUGGACUGCCGCUCAACAGAGAUUCUUCCGCAUCCUCAGCUUCAAUUUCAAUGGCUUUUGCUUGUGAGAUGAUCAACCAGCGCUACAAGGCGAUCAGAGAAUUGAAAGAGUCGAGAGAUGGGAAGAUUUACUUCCUCGUUGAGGAUACUCAAAAUGACAACGAGUUGAAAAUGCUCAAGGGAAUCGCACUUUUAAAUGAACAGCAAGAAGAAGACGCAAAAUCGGAAGUUGCCCUGCUUCAAAAACUAGACAACGACUAUGUCGUGAAACUACUCGAUGAUUUCGUUUUCAAUGGCCCAAAAAACUUCACCUACCACGCGCUAAUCCUCGAAUAUCUUCCUGGAGGCGAUUUGUCCGAAUAUCUCAAAGAGAAGCUUCUCAACGAAGGAAAAGAAACUGAAGAACCCUGGGAUGAAAACGAAGCGCUUCGGAUAACGGCUCAACUGGCUGUUGCUCUAGACUACGUUCAUUCCCAAAAUGUAAUCCACCGAGACGUAAAGCCCGAAAAUGUCCUUCUUUCUGCUGAUAAGAAAACGGCGAAGCUGGCCGAUUUCAACAUUUCCCGAACAAUCGAAGCGACCAAAAAUACCGGCGUCGCAGGAACAAUUGACUAUUACCCGCCGGAAACACUCAAGAAUCAGGAAACCGAGCAGAUCUCUUUCCGACGAGAUUUGUGGCCAUUCGGAAUCAUUAUGCAAAUGCUUUGUACUUUUAGGGACAGUUUUACCAAAUUUUAG